AUGGCAACCACCGCCGCCACCGCAGCCAAUUCGCCGACUAAGAGGUCAUCUUCGGGCAAAGAAUUCAAAUUCAGCCUUCCCCUGCUCCGCUCCAUCCACAUCAACAAGUCCAAACCCAAUUCCGCCGCCGUCGCCUCCCCUCUUUCUUCGCCUUCCGCCGCGGGGCGGAGCAAGGAGGCGGAUCUGCUGCGGGUGUUCCGCCACUUCGACAGCGACGGGGACGGCCGGAUUUCAGGGGAGGAGCUGGGGAUGUACUUCGCGUCGACGACAGGGGAGGCGAUGUCAAAGGAGGACGCGGAGAAGGUGAUUGGGGAGUUCGACGGCGACGGCGACGGGAUGCUGGAGUUCGGGGACUUCGUUCGGAUGGUCGACGGCGACGGCAAGGAUCUCGACGGCGACCUGCGGCGGGCGUUUGAGAUGUUCGAGGAGGAUAAGGGGGAAGGGUGUAUUACGCCGCGUGGGUUGCAGAGGAUGUUGGUCCGGUUGGGUGAUCGGAAGUCGGUGGAUGAGUGCUCGGCGAUGAUCCGGCCGUUUGAUUUGGACGGGAACGGCGUGCUGGAUUUUCAGGAGUUUCAGCGGAUGAUGAACUGA